AAACAAUAGAAAUUGUCAAGACGUGAAAUGACGGAAAUGUAAUGGGGGAAAAAAUUGAGGACAAAAGAGUAGCUCUCUGCCUUAGCACCUCACUCAGCUUUAUCCAUAAAGCACAAUUUUUUUGCUUCAACGGGCCUUACCUUACCUGAAGAUGGCUUCGGUGUCCUUUGCCGUGGGAUUAUUACCUUGCUCUUCUUCUUCUUGCUAUACCCGCGUCUCUUAUGGUUCAGUUCGAUUUCCCGUAUUGAACAACGCCAACUCACUGAAACUCAGCUCCUCAGCUAACAUCUCCAGUCCAAUUCUUCACCAAAAGCUUUGCACUGUUCCUUCUCCCCUUGCUCUAAGGCCUCGCCCUCUCACCAUUGUAUCCGCUAAGGGCUACAAAAUGAAAACCCACAAGGCAUCUGCAAAGCGGUUUAGGGUGACGGGGCGAGGCAAGAUAGUGCGUAGGAGAGCUGGCAAGCAGCAUUUGCUCGUUAAGAAGAAUACCAAGCGCAAAUCCCGACUCUCCAAAAUGCAUGCGGUCAGCAGGAGCGACUAUGACAAUGUAAUUGGAGCCUUGCCAUAUCUGAAAGUAAACAGAAAUGCUACAUAGAUGUUGUGUUUGCAAGACUGAGUCAUAAGCCUAGCCGUGUUUAGUCUAGUGAUUUGUGACGUCUCAAAUCUGCUUUCAAAUGAUUAUAGUUAGUUUUUGCUAAUUGAGAUAUCAGUACCUCAAGAUAAUGGUACACCUUCCUGUAUCAUGUAACAGUUGGUAUCUAUUGACAUUACUGUUUUGCAAUUUGUUUACCAUCUUCCAGUUUAUCUUCGCAAUUGAUUAGCAAGCUAUGAUGAAUCAUGUGAUCAUCAUAAUCUAUUUGGUGAAGUUUUUAGGGGUUUAAUCAUCUUAACUUUUUUA